UCCGAGCUGAAUGGCUAGAUGACUGUUCAUGAAGAAGUACAAUGAUGUGUAUCACUUUAUGCACUAUUUAGUGCUUCCUAGCGCCUGUGAAACAAGAUGAAGCUUCGCGUUCAGCUUCAGUGUAAGAACUUGCACGAGUAUCUGAAAGAACUGACCCCAGAAAUCCUCGACAGGCUCUACAAUCACCCAGCAACAUGUCUAGCAGUAUACAGGGAACUUCCACCACUGGCAAAGAAUUACGUGAUGCGCAUGCUGUUUUUAGACCAUCCACUCCCCCAGGCUGCGGUAGCCCUGUGGGUUAAAAAAGACAGUCAAAAAGACCAUGAUCAAUGUGUGUCGGUGUUAACUGGGCUACGGCUCUGGCACAGUCAGCAUCUUCAAGGUGGACUUCAAGGUUUCGUGCUCAACCCCGUGUUUAAGGACAACCUGAGAAUAGCACUUUUAGGCGGUGGUAAACCGUGGGCAGACGAGGGUGCCAAUCUGGGUCCCGAUCGGCAUGCGAGGGAUGUAGAGAGUCUGGACCGCUAUGCUAUGGAGCGCUGGGAGGUCAUCCUUCACUUCAUGGUGGGCUCUCCUAGCGCAGCUGUCAGUCAGGAUCUGGCUCAGCUCCUCAUACAGGCCGGGCUCAUGAAGAGCGAGACUGGUGAGGCUCCAUGCAUCACAUCAGCAGGGUUUCAGUUCCUGCUGCUGGACACGGCAUCUCAGUUGUGGUACUUCACCCUGCAGUACCUCAAAACAGCACAGUCGAGAGGAAUGGACCUGGUGGAGAUUCUUUCCUUUUUGUUCCAGCUGAGUUUUUCCACUCUUGGAAGGGAUUAUUCUGUGGAGGGCAUGAGCGAGUCCCUGCUCACAUUUUUGCAGCAUCUACGAGAGUUUGGUCUGGUUUUUCAAAGAAAGAGGAAGUCAAGAAGGUACUACCCUACGAGACUCGCCAUAACUCUCGCUGCAGGAGUCACUGCAAACCCAGCCUCGGGAUCUGCCUCUUCUGCACUGGGAGCAAUACCAGGAACAGGAGACACUGGAUUCAUCGUUGUAGAAACUAAUUAUCGCAUAUAUGCCUAUACAAACUCUGAACUUCAGAUUGCACUGGUCGCUCUGUUUAGUGAGAUGUUGUAUCGGUUUCCUAACCUGGUGGUUGCACAGGUCACCCGAGAGUCUGUGCAGCAGGCCAUCAGUAACGGCAUCACCGCACAGCAGAUUAUUCACUUCUUACGGACCCGAGCACACCCAGUAAUGCUUAAACAGACCCCCGUUCUCCCCCCAACCAUCACAGAUCAGAUCAGACUGUGGGAGCUUGAGAAAGAUCGCUUGCAGUUUACCGAGGGAGUGUUAUACAACCAGUUUUUAUCCCAGGCUGAUUUCGAAGUGUUGCGGGACAGGGCUCAGGGUUUAGGAGUGCUGGUGUGGCAGAAUCCCGCUCACAGGGUCAUGGUGGUGACUCCUCAUGGACACAGCGAGGUUAAGAGAUUCUGGAAGAGACAAAAAAGCCAUUCAUAAGGGAAAAACUUAAAGUAUGCAGUAAGAAACCUAGUAAACAGUAGGUUCAUGUAAUCUUUUAGCUCUGAAAGAUUACAUAAACUUACUGUAUACUUAUUAUUGAAUUUAUGCUUACAAAUGAACAGGAGGACUAUUUUUGUGCAUUUUACUGCAAGUUGAUCUGGGUAAAAAAAACAAAGUUUCUAUGCAUAGUUUGAAGCCUUUUGCUGUUCAUGUGACAGUAUGUGCAUUAUUAUUCUGUUAUUGACUUGAUUUCGCUUUUGUAGUGUAUAAAUUUGCUACACGUUUGUGUCCAAGGUAAACUGACCAAAAUAAACACUGUUUACAAUGA